AAGAAGGAGAGAGUCCGACGCAGAAGCAAGUCGCGGACAUCACCGUCGAGAGAGAGAGAGAGAGAUCGAAGCUAGCGAACGCUCGGAAGCGAAGAAGCGAAGGCUAUGGCGAGAUACGACAGGGCCAUCACCGUGUUCUCGCCGGACGGCCACCUCUUCCAGGUGGAGUACGCGCUGGAGGCCGUCCGCAAGGGCAACGCCGCCGUCGGGGUCCGCGGCACCGACACCAUCGUCCUUGGCGUCGAGAAGAAGUCCACCGCCAAGCUCCAGGAUUCGAGAUCGGUGAGGAAAAUUGUUAACUUGGAUCAGCACAUUGCAUUGGCCUGUGCUGGCCUUAAAGCAGAUGCUCGUGUUUUAAUAAACAGGGCAAGAAUUGAAUGCCAGAGUCACAGGCUUACAGUUGAAGAUCCAGUGACUGUCGAGUAUAUUACGCGUUACAUUGCUGGUCUUCAGCAAAAGUAUACACAAAGCGGAGGUGUGAGACCAUUUGGUCUUUCAACUUUGAUUAUCGGUUUUGAUCCCUACACUGGUGCACCAUCACUGUAUCAGACAGAUCCAUCUGGAACAUUUUCAGCGUGGAAAGCUAAUGCCACUGGCAGAAAUUCGAAUUCCAUAAGGGAAUUCCUGGAGAAAAACUACAAAGAAACUUCAGGGCAGGAAACUGUGAAACUUGCUAUUCGUGCAUUACUUGAGGUUGUUGAGAGUGGGGGGAAGAACAUAGAGAUUGCUGUGAUGACAAGAGAGCAUGGUCUGAGACAGCUCGAAGAAGCUGAAAUUGAUGCCAUUGUUGCUGAAAUCGAGGCUGAGAAAGCAGAUGCGGAGGCUGCAAAGAAGGCCCCUCCUAAGGAAACUUGAUUGCCUGCCAUUUCUUCCCGGCCCAGGACAUUCCAAUAGCCUUUUUUUCCUCUCUUUUACUCAUCUUCUGUCGCUAGAUGCAAACUGAGGAUAUGCUUUCGUAGCUUUCAAUGUCCCGAACAUGCCCUGCUUCUGAUUUAUAAUUGUGUUAAGGACUUGUGUUCAUGUGUGGGGGGGAAGCCGGUUUUCACUGAUCCCUGAAAAUGUUAGUUGUUAUCCGCAUGAUGCCAUGAAAUUCUAUUGGAGAAACAGCGUUACCUUC